UUGACAAAUGACAGCUCCCAAACUGAAACUUCGAUUACUGUGUUUAUUUCAUGUUUUAAUUCGGUUAUUAUAAAAAUAAUGUAUUAAAAGUUUUAAUAUAAAAUACUGAAUAUGUCGGAAAUAAAAGUUUGUAGGAUAUGCCUCAGUAUGAAUAUAAAAAUGUACAGAUGUAACGAAUUUGAGCUAAAAUAUUGUUACGAACAAAUACUUCUAACUAAAAUAACAACGCAAGACCGAUUACCUAAAUAUUUUUGCUAUGAAUGUGCUGCAAUGUUGUACAAAUUCCACAAGUUUAAAGAAAAAUGUCUUACUGGGCAGAAAGUCCUUAGAGAUAUAAUAAAAAAUAAAGAUCUGACUUAUGAAAACAUAAAAAAUAUUGAUAGAGAAACACAAAAUUUGCAAUCAUCACUGGGUAUCAUGGUAACUAACAAUAAAAUUAAAACAUGCAUCAUUAAAGAUCAUCAUUGCAUACUUAAACAUAGAAAAUCAAUGCUUGAUAUUGAAAUGGCUAAUAAAGACUUAAAUUCAGAUACUGAUUCUUUUAAAAAUGAUUAUUAUAGUUAUGAAUCAGACAAUGAUACUGCAAAGAAAGAAGAUAAACAAAUAGAUAUAGUUGAUCAAAAGAUCAAUACAGAAAUUAAAAGCAAUGAACAAGAUAUCCAAAAUGAUAUCAAAAUUGAUGAAAAGAUAUUCGCAGAACCCAAAGAAUUAAACAAAAUAGAUGAAGAAAAUAUACCCUUAAUUAAGUUAUAUGACUUUAAAGAAAGCAAAGUUAGUAAAAAGAACACACAAAAAGAUAAAAAAAGAAAAAUCAGGAAAAAAAGGAAAAGCGUAAAACAUUUAAAUGAAGAAUCAAAUCCGAAUAAAUUUAAAAUUCAGAAUAAAAGAGAGAAGUUUCUCGAUUCUAAUAACUGGGAGAAAUUUACUUUAACUGAGGAAGAAGCAGAGAAAGAAUUUAAGGCGCGUUCAGUGGAUCCUAAGUACUUAAAGAUGGCGUACAAGUGCGUGCUAUGUUUCAAAGGGUUUUCGAAAGAGGAAAUGUUAAAUAGACAUAUGAAGUUGAGACAUAAUAAGUCUGCCGGGGAGAUAUCGUGUCGGUACUGUGGGAUGCGUUUCAAAUGGGUCUGCUUCCUGCGCAGGCAUAUGAGACAACACUACACCAAGUAUAAAUGCCUGCGGUGCGAUCUUGUGUGCUCUAGAGAAACUACAGCUCUUUUUCACGAAGAGUAUCACAACGGAGUCAUAAGAAAAUGCGAGCAUUGCGGCGAGGAAUUCAAACACAGCUCGACGUACUACACGCACCUGCGCACGCACCGGAGCGAGUUCGUGUGCGCGCUGUGCGGCGCGUCGUUCGUGAGCGCGGCGGGGCUGCAUCGGCACAAGCUGUUGAAACAUUUCGAACGGGACCCUGAACCGGUUAAAGAAAGCGAUCAGAUAAACACGUAUUGUGGACGCUGUGAUGUGAAGUUCGAAACUGGCAAGGCGUAUCAAGAGCAUUUGAUACAUUCUGCGAGACAUACGGACGGAGUCGAGGACCUGGCCGGAGAAUUGCCCGCACCGUCAAAUCCAAAGCGAAGGAAGAAAUUUUUCAAAAGAAAUUAUCGUAAACCGACGACUUGUAAUAAAUGCGGCGAACACUUCCCGACACAGAAGGACUUCAUAAAGCACCAUCUAGCGGCGCAUCCCCGAGUUCCCAUCAUUCUACCCAACGAGCGGCAUAUUUGUGAAAUUUGCGGGAUAUCUCUUGCGCCGGUGAGUGUGGCGUCCCAUCUGAACACGCACACGCGGCAGAAGAAAUUCACCUGCUCCGUGUGCGGCCUGCAGGUCUACUCCAAGGGCAGCCUCACACGGCAUCAGUUGACCCACAGCGAUGAAAAACCUUACCCGUGUAGUCUAUGCGAGAAGAGAUUCAAACAGAAAUGCAGCAUGCAACUCCACUUCCGAACCUUUCAUCUGAAGGAACCGUAUCCGAAAAGAAAUAGAAGAAAAAAGUUGCAUCCUGAAGAAAUUCCUUUGUCCGAGUAUCGAAUUGGGCUCGAAUCAGAUGACAAUAUUACGACUGAUAGAUGGCGUUAAUAAGUAGCUAUUUUUGUUGUAAAUAAUAAAAAAUAAUAAAUA